AGAUAAGAACGAUGAUGAUUGGUCAAUUUAGAUUGAGGAGUUUAGCAGCUUUAGCUAGAAAUUAUAGACAAACGAGACCAUUAUCGAAGUUAAUUAGAUACCCAGAGCCUAGUUAUCUAGAAAAGGAAAGAUCAGAGGGUUUAGAUGUCGAAGUAUUACCAACCGAAUUGAUGAAAUUGACGAUAACGGAUUCUGCGAGUAAUCAAUUAGAAAGAAUAUCAAACAAAGAAGGAAAUACUCAAUUAGCCUUACGAGUGGCGAUUGAAAGUGGUGGUUGUCAUGGAUAUCAAUACAAGCUCGACUUGUUAGAUAACUUUGACGACAGUAUAGAGAAAGAUGAUUAUAGAUUUAGUGUCACAGAUAAAGACAAUGGUCCAAGUGUAUUAGUUGACGCAGUAUCAUUUCAACUUUUAAAAGGAUCAACAUUGGAUUUCUCUACAGAACUGAUAGGCUCAUCUUUUAAAAUACUAAAUAAUCCUCAAGCACAAGGUAGUGGAUGUGGUUGUGGUGUUUCAGUCUCUUUGUAAGCAAUAAAAAAAUGUAAAUCUACUUUUCG